AUGGGUCAGGGUCAGUGGGGGGCUGGGCAGGCAGGUCAGUUGACAGGUCCAGGCCAUGGCAGGGUCAGUGGCUGCCUCCCCUGGGCCAGGCAGGGGUCAGUGGCCUGGUCCGGGUCAGGCAGGGUCGGCCAGUGGGCUUGCCGGCCAGGCAGAGCCAGUGGAUGGUUGGGCCAGGCAGGGUCAGUGGCGGGCCGGCCCAGGCAGGGUCAGUGGCAGGCCGGGUCAGGCAGGGUCAGUGGCUGGUCGGGUCAGGCAGCAGGGUCAGUGGAGGUCAGGCCAGGCAGGGUCAGUGGCAGACCGGGCCAGGCAGGUUCAGUGGCGGGCCGGGCCAGGCAGGGUCAGUGGCAGGCCGGGUCAGGCAGGGUCAGUGGCUGGUCGGGUCAGGCAGCAGGGUCAGUGGAGGUCAGGCCAGGCAGGGUCAGUGGCAGACCGGGCCAGGCAGGUUCAGUGGAUAGUCAGGCCAGGCUGGGUCAGUGGAUGGUCGGGCCAGGCAGGGUCAGUGGCGGGCUGGCCCACCCAGCCUGA